AAACGGCAUGUCUGAUUAGAACUCUUUCCACUAAAUAUCUGUUCAUCCAUUCAAGACGCAUCCUGAUCCCUCCCUCUACUGCAACAAUCCCUGUAAGCAUAUGUCACAUACACACGCACACACGUCCCAAGAAAUAAAACCCCCAAAAGGGUUCUCUCUUUUCCCUGUUUCCUCACCUGGGCUUCUUUCAGAAUCGCAAAAGAUUCCAAUUAAGCGGUGGAUGGUGGCCCAGUAGUUUAGGGUUCCAAAUUGUUUUACCAUUAAACUGAACUGGCAAAGCUUAAGGAUUAUAUAAGAGUACUUCGUUUUUGGUAAAGAUUCAAACUUUGUUUCCCAUGGAAGCUUACAAGAGAUGGGUUCGGAGGAACAGAGACUAUGUGCAUUCCCUCGAGUCUUUAGCUAAUGGUUUAACAUGGCUUCUCCCGGAGCGGUUUUCAGAAUCAGAAAUUGGACCAGAAGCAGUAACAUCAAUUUUGGGUAUUUUCACUACCGUCAAUGAACAUAUACUCGAUACAACUCCAACACAGCCGCAAACAGGGCGCGUUGAAUCUUCUUCCUUACCAUUCUCACUAUGCAUUACUUUACUUAAGGACUUGGAAACUCUUGUUGAGGUUGCGGCGCAGCAAUUUUAUGGUGAAGAAAAGAAAUGGAACUUCAUCGCCAUAACAGAAUCUGUCAAGGUAUUACUUAGGUUGGCAAUUCUGCGCAACAGCGGCUAUAAAAUGCUUUUACAUGGUGGGGAGAGCAUAAAUGAUAAAAGCAAUUCUGAUGAUGUUGAUUCCCACAGAAAUGGGUUAUUAUCAAAUUCUGGUCAGCAAGGGGUUUCUGGUUUUCUGAAGAAUCACCCUGGACAAGAUCCAUGGAAUCUUGAAGGGAGGGCAUUGUCUGCCUUAACUAGAUUUGGUGAAAAUGCGCGGACAGUUGCGGAGCCUACAUGGCUACGCAGGGUUCAGCACCAGCAGGGGAUAAUGGAGCCUCCAACACCAGUGGCGGGGACACCAAGUCUCUCAACUUUCUUGACUGAGAAGGGUAUUCCUGGGGGCUUAUGUUUAACGGGAGAGGUGAUGUUUAUCUUAAGACCACUUAUAUAUGUAUUGUUAAUUAGAAAGUAUGGUGCACAAUCAUGGUUUCCCUGGCUUACUUCGUUGGCCAUAGACCUCGUUGGAAAUGGAAUUAUUUCCUUUCUCACAACUUUGCGGCACAAUAGCAAGGACUUCCAUCUUUCCAACCUUGAGAAGAAUGAGUUAAAAAGGCGGAAGCUGCUGUGGGCACUUUACCUAAUGAGAGAUCCAUUUUUCGCCAAGUAUACCCGGCAAAGACUUGACGCCACACAAAAGCUACUAGAACCGGUGCCCAUUAUAGGUCUUCUUACUGAGAAACUCGUCGAACUACUUGUUGGAGCGCAGACUCGAUACACCUACAUGUCUGGUUCAUGACACAAAUUCUUGAUGGGUUCUACCGAUUUUCAAAGUUUCUUCAAUGUUGUGCUACAACCCCUCUCUUUAGUUAAACAUGGCAACAUUUAGCUUUCAGUUAUUCAAUCAAUACUUGAGCUCAGGUUGUAAUGAACAGACACAUCAAUAAUACGCAGUUAAAAGCAUAGUUCUGUUCAUGUAAUGUAUGCCAACAACGUUAUUACUCCAAAUUGUGUGUCAGAAAAUCACGUUGUCAAGAUAUGUAUGAUACUCCAAUUGAAUCAUGGUGUCAGUAA